GUCGCACUCGCUAUAACAGACAGGUGCGUGUUGUAUUUCAAUCAAGAAUUGCAUCGUUUGAAUUAUGUCAAAUACGCACAACAAGGUGAGACUGGCAGACAAUGAUUCUGCUUCGAGCCUUCUGGUAUGUGAGGGUGUGCAGCCCUCAGGUUCAGACAUACAGACUUUUCUCAGGUCUUCAGGUUAGAAGUGAAACAACAGCAAAUAGACUGUGGAAGCCAAGUGUCAACAAAGUAUUUGUGAGGUGGAAACUCCUGACCUCCAAGAAAUCUCGGACAUUUCGCCCACAGUAUGGCAAGGACCAAGUCAGUGAAGAGUUUCAGUUGAUUUACGAAAACAACAUGAACAAAAUCGUAUUCUGGAGCCAGCUGUUCAUCUACGCAAUGACAAUUCCAACUGUUAUUGGAGCUGCGGCAAUUGUUGUGACGAAUUCCGCCGACAUCCCAUCCAAUCUCUCCAUUUCACAUCCUGCUGCUACAGCAAUGGGCUAUUUCGUGUUCGGGAGCACACUCAUAUUGUUCAUAAAUGCUGUUAGCAGAAGAAGUAUUAGAAGAAUCUAUUUAGAACCAUUCACAGAUCGAUAUGUAGCCAUUGUACAGAACUGGUUAAUGAUACCAAGCAGGCUACACUUUCAGUUGAAGGAUACAAAGCCAAGGAGACCAACCUACCUGACAGCAAUGGGUGGGAAUAUAGCCAUUAAGAAACGACCAUUCUUUGUGGUCGGAACUGAUUUUAAGCUUCCUGUAUACUACAAUCAGCUCAUGGCGUAUGACCUUGAGAAGCCAUUGGAAAAGGCGAGUGAUUUUGAUUUGUUGAAAGUUGCAAAGCAAAACCGUAAAAAGAAAGAGAAGUUCCGUUCAUAGGGAUGAUGGAUGAUGGUGUGCAUAAGUGUUCUUCUUGAUUAAAGACUUUUAUGAAUGAA